AUGAGGUAUUGCUCGCAGGCGGCUGGGGGGGCGUCUCCUCCUCCCCUGCUCUUCUUCUCCUUGUGCUCCGUGGCACAGAGCCUCACCUUCUCCAGUAGCCUCUCGUUCUGGGCUUUGACGUCGCUCAGAUGCUCCUCGAUAUCCUGGAGCUCCUGGGCUUUUCUCGCCAGCUCUCCCCCCAUGAUCUCCUUCUCCUUCCCCUGGUUGGAGAACAUCUUCUGCAGGUUCUUCUGCAUCGUCAGACUGGCAGACAGCUCCUUUCUCAGCCGCUGGUUCUCCUCCACCGUCGUCGUCUCUGGCAGCCCCCGGUCCUUUCCCAGUUGAAGCCCUGCAGUGGGGGGCUCGCCCGAUCGGCACAGAUCGGUGCUGCACCGCCGCAGCUCGGCCUUCCUCCGGCGAGCCGGAGCAUGGAACCUCUCGAGCCCCGACGUGACCUCGUCGAGAACGCAGAGGAUCCCCGCCAUGCUGCACUGCGCCUUCCCAAGGUCCGCCUCGUAGUCCUGGACGAGCUUCAGCAGAAGCCUCACCUUCGACGCAGCCCCUGAAACCAGCCCACGUCAUUAUCCGGCAUUUAGGGUGAUACCGGCGGCGAGAAUGGGCGGAGAUCCGGCGUACCUUGGAGAACGAGGUCGUCGUCGAGAAGGUCAGUGUCUGAAGAAGGGAGAAAGUCUGGCGACGAGCCUGCGCGUAGGUUGCUCAUCUCGCUUCAAUGGCGGAAACCUGCCCGGCUGAACGAAUUCCGAAGGAAGAAGAAGAAGAAGAAGAAGAAGAAGAAGAAGAAGAAGAAGAAGAAGAAGAAGAAGAAGAAGAAGAAGAAGAAGCUAAUGCAGAGGGAGACGGAGGGGACGAUGGGAGAGGAGGGGAGGCUCUCCCUCAGAGUUCCUUCUGGCCAUGGAUAG